CCAGCCGGACUACGACACGGAGUCCCGGGACAUCGCCUGUCGCCUUCCAGUCCACGCAUGCUUCAUGGGAAGGAGGCGUGCAGGGUGAGCCAGGAGACGCCAGCAGAGACCCUCCGCCUACCCAGGGAGCCCCUGGUCAUCCAGGUGAUGCGGCGAAGCCCGCGGGGGAAGGCGGCAGCGGGCUCUGCCCCGGAGCCCCAGCUGGUGGACAACGGGACCCAGACGGACAUCACCUUCGAGCACAUCAUGGCCCUGAGCAAGGCCCGGCCCCCUUCUCCGCCCCCCGUUCUGCUGGAACCCCCCGCGCUGGGCAACGAUUUCUACGAAGCUAACGACUACCUGGACAGCGGCCACCAUGAAGUGGAUCGAUCUGAGGACUUGGAGUAUGAG